CUUCCUUAACAAAUUUCACGGCCACCGUCCUUUCUCUAAUUUCACGGCGAUCCACCUAAUUUCAGGAGGAAUUUCCGGUGCAUAAACUCCCGGAAUUCUCAGAUCCCAUUUUCUCGUCGACUGUAAUUAUCAGAUUUCUCUGUCUCUUAACCGGAAUAUCAUCUCCUUUGGCCGGAAUUUCGACCCGUUUUGGCCAGAAUCUCACCCUUGUUGGUCGUAAUCUGAGCCAUUUUGGCCGGAAACUCAGCCUUUUUGGUCGGAAAGUGCGGUUCCUGUUCGUCUACCGGCGGCCGGAAUGUUGUGAUUCCGGCCUAUGCGUCCAUUUUGCUGCGUAUCUUCUGGUGUACCAGUUGGCCGGAAUUUGACGCCGCCAAUUGAUUUUCCGGCCAUGAGCCGGGAGCUUCAACACUGUGUCUCGAGCUCGUCUGUUGACGUUAAUGGAGGAGGAGGUGUAAAGCUCAAUGAGAUAGUAGGGAAUGGGAUUUCGGGGAUUCUCUUGAAGUGGGUGAAUUAUGGCAAAGGAUGGAGGCCAAGGUGGUUCGUUUUGCAGGAUGGGGUUCUCUCCUAUUAUAAGAUCCAUGGGCCUGAUAAGAUCGAGGUGAGCUCGAGGACUGAGAAGGGGUCCAAGGUUAUAGGGGAGGAGUCAAUGAGGAGAAUUAGCAGGCAAAAGAAUGGAAGCCAUCACCACCACCACCAUCAUCAUCAUUGGCAGAGUGGGGGUUCGGACUGUCAUAUGAGGAGGAAGCCUUUUGGGGAGGUCCAUCUCAAGGUAUCCUCCAUUCGAGAGAGCAGGUCAGAUGACAAAAGAUUUUCCAUUUUCACUGGAACAAAGAGACUCCACUUGAAAGCCGAAACUGUGGAAAGUCGGAAUGCAUGGGUUGAAGCUUUGCAAGCUGUGAAGGAUAUGUUCCCUCGCAUGUCUAACAGUGAGUUAAUGGCACCGGUAGAUGGCAUCACAGUCUCUACAGAAAAACUAAGGCAGCGGUUGCUAGAGGAAGGAUUGAAUGAGGCUGCGAUCCAGGAUAGUGAACAGAUUAUGAGGAAUGAGUUCUCGGCGUUGCAAAACCAGUUAAUGCUUCUUAAACAGAAACAAUCUCUUCUUCUUGAUGCCCUGCGGCAGCUAGAGACGGAAAAGGUUGAUUUGGAGACAACCGUUGUUGAUGAGAGUCAAAGGCAAUUGAAAGAACAUUGCGCCUCUUUUAGAUCCAGGCAUGACAAAUAUAGUGAAGGAAGUGCAACAGAGUCUGAGGAUGACAAUGAAAGGCAAGAUGCUGCGGAAGAGGAAACCGAUGAAGAUGACAACACCUUUUUUGAUACUCGUGACUUCCUUUCCUCAAGUUCUUUUAAAAGUAGUGGCUCUGAAUUUCGUAGAUCAUCGUGUGAUUCAGAUGACGAAGAGACUUAUCCUGUAGAUUCUGAUGAUUGUACUGAUCCUUCCAUGCGGUCUGUGGGAUUUAAUUAUCCAUAUGUGAGGAGGAGGAAGAAACUACCUCACCCAGUUGAGAAAGAGAAAGGAGUAAGUCUCUGGUCCAUGAUAAAGGACAACAUUGGGAAGGAUCUUACAAGAGUGUGCCUUCCUGUGUACUUCAAUGAGCCUCUUUCUUCCUUACAGAAAUGUUUUGAAGAUUUGGAGUACUCUUAUCUCCUUGAUCGGGCUUAUGAAUGGGGAAAACGGGGGAACAGCUUGAUGAGGAUGCUGAAUGUUGCAGCAUUCGCAGUGUCGGGAUAUGCUUCUACAGAUGGAAGGAAUUGCAAGCCAUUCAAUCCACUAUUGGGAGAAACAUAUGAAGCUGAUUAUCCUGACAGGGGCCUUCGUUUCUUCUCAGAGAAGGUCAGUCAUCAUCCUAUGAUUGUUGCAUGCCACUGUGAAGGUAGAGGUUGGAAAUUUUGGGGAGAUAGCAACCUCAAAAGUAAGUUCUGGGGUCGUUCCAUUCAGCUAGAUCCUGUUGGGGUCCUAACUCUUGAAUUUGAUGAUGGAGAGGUGCUUCACUGGAGUAAGGUUACGACAUCCAUUUACAACCUCAUAUUGGGGAAGCUUUACUGCGAUCACUAUGGUACCAUGAGGAUACAGGGAAACCUGGAGUACUCAUGCAAGCUUAAGUUCAAGGAGCAAUCCAUCAUAGAUCGAAACCCUCACCAGGUCCAAGGCAUAGUGCAAGACAAGAAUGGGAAAACAGUGGCCACAUUGUUUGGGAAAUGGGAUGAGAGCAUGCAUUAUGCGAUGGGUGAUUGCGCAGGAAAGGGCAAAGGGUCCGAACCCCUGCCUGAGACCCGGUUGCUUUGGAAACGGAGCAAACCCCCAAAAUUCCCAACCAGGUACAACCUGACAAGCUUUGCCAUCACCAUGAACGAGCUCACACCUGGUUUGAAGGAAAAGCUGCCCCCUACUGAUUCACGACUGAGGCCUGAUCAAAGAUGUCUUGAGAAUGGUGAGUAUGAGUCAGCAAAUGCUGAGAAGUUGAGGUUAGAGCAGAGGCAGCGCCAGGCAAGGAAGAUGCAAGAGAGAGGUUGGAAGCCCCAAUGGUUCACCAAGGAGAAGGGGAAAGAUGCGUAUCAUUAUGUUGGAGGUUACUGGGAAGCAAGGGAACGAGGUGACUGGGGCAACUGCCCCGACAUAUUCGGUCAUUUUCCCUCUGAUCAGACCCUUGAUUAAUUCUUUCGCAUGCUUUCAUGUUUCUCUUCAUGAAAUUGUUUGGAAAUGCUGCCAACCAUUUCUCACACUAAACACGGGGGUAGCCUGCUUAUAAGUCGAGCGGGAGAUUCAGCACAAGUUACAGAGGUGGCUUCAUUCUGCCAGUGUUUUUCUUCUCGUUCUUCUUAGUCUCCCUUUUUGAUUUGUGGAUAUAUUUAGAGGGUAGGUUGUUAUGUAGCUUUGUUUGCAUUUAUUUGAAUUUAGAAAUCUUUUAAGUACUUUUUUUCUCUUAGCCAGCAAUUCAAUUUUGUACUCUGAUUAAUUUGAAAGGAAAGUAGAUUAAUCUGAAGUAUGAUGAGAAAAAUUUCUACCCC